GCCUGGUUGGGCCGCCCUGUCAUGCCACUCUCGUGAUGGCGGCGUCCCUGAUUAACCCUUGCCGCCGGCUGCAAGGCGGCGGCGGCGGCGGCCGUGGCGCUCCCAGCGGCCCCACUGGCGGCGCCGACGCGGCUGGAGGGGCGCGGCGGUCAGGCACAGGCGCAGGCGAGACGCCGCCUUGGCGCGCGGCUGUGCCGAGGGAGGAGUGCAUGGCGGAGCGCGCGCUGGCGCUGCGGCGGGUGGCGGAGCUGCAGCGGGAGCUGGAGACCCUGCGACAAGCAGUACAAAGCGGGCCACACGUGAGCGACCCCGCGCGUGCAUGUAAUACAUCACUGGAGUAUACCACAGUUUCGAUUUGAAUAGGUUCAACAAGCUAUGUA